AAAAUUUACGCCUGAAGUAUUGAGUAAAUAUAGGAACACAGUUUAGAUCGAGAAGAUGGCUGAGAGAGCUGCGUUUAUUCAUGUGUUCACAUCCACAUGUGCCUUAGUUGUUCUAGGAGAAUCGCUACAAUCAUUGCACUGGAAACGUCUGAGUGAUAGCUUAUUCUUUGAUGGAGCAGUUUUACUCCGGCGUGACUUUGCAUUUAAAAGGGACAUCUUAAGAACAGUGAAAACAUCGGGGGAAGUUCACUGUGGCCUCGCUUGUUUGUCUGAAAGUGACUGCAUCGCACAAACGUACUGCCGCGAGCCGUGGCAGAAACUCAAGGGAACAUGCUAUCUGCAUCGAAGAGGAAUCAAAGACGGGCUGGCUGAAGAUGCCUUCGUGAAAAGCGAUGGAUGUACUUACCAACAAUACAUAGAUUUUCACGUAAGUACAUUUUGCAUUACAUUUGUAAUAAAGUAAUUUUUAGUAUUCAUUUAAAAAAAAACAAAAAAACAAAAAAAACAAGGAGCAAGUAAUGCGGAAUUAUUUUCAAUUUAAACUAUUCAUUUACCAUUUCCAUUUGUCUCCAACAAAUGACGAAUUCUCAAUGAUUCUCUGGACAUUGAUUAUUUACAGUGGAAAUAAUUAACAGUUUGGGCAAAACAAACAUGCUGUAAGGAUCAGUGAAUUGGCCCAUCGGAAUAAACGUUCACCCGACCAAAAACCGAUGAGGACUUGAUAAUCAAUUCAAGUCGAUUUUUGAAAGCAAUUCAAGGCCCAAAUUUCAGAGUAAAGUACAAAUGCAGUAAGAAUUACUGAAUUGGCUGGCGUAUCGGAUAAACGUCUAUCUAACUAAAAACGGGGGAAGAUGUGAUAAUCAAGUCGAAUUUGAAGUCGUUAAAGAAGAAUUUAAGGCAUAACUUUUCCAUUGCGGUAUUUAUUUUGUUUCUUAAAUCAUUAAUUGUGGUCAAGGGACCGAACGAUAAAAGAAAUGAAAUUUUUGAUUUCCAAGGAAGCUCUCAUCGUAAAUAUAUUUCUGAAAACUGCCAUAAAACUUAAAGAAAACAACUUGCUGAAAGAAGUACUGAAAUACCAAUUUUCUGAGCAAUGACGAGAGAGGAGAAAUAAAACAGCUCCGUUGAUUAAAUCACAGAGACUAAUGAAAACACUUCCACGAGGUUGUGGACGGUGUUCAAAAAAUAAAAACGAUUUGUAACGUGUGUAACCUUUCCUGUCAGACACCUUGCUCAAGCAAAUGUCAAAAUGGUCAGACAUGUAGCUAUGACCAUGAUAACAGACGAUAUGCUUGCCUCUGUGAGAAGCCAUACACUGGAAUGUACUGUGAAAAGUCUAAAGGUAACAUUAUAACAACCUAGGAUGAGAUCAGUCUUGCAGAGUUGUCACAGGUCCACCUUCGUCUGCUCCAUUUUCAGAUUGGGUUUAAAGAAAGCUUCCUGAAUAUUUUUACUCCUUUAAUUUAGUAACAAAGUGAGGUAAAGCGAAUUAAUGUUCUUAAAGAGCAGCAACGUUUCUUUAAUUGUCGCCCAAUAAAAACUCCAGCCUCAAAGAACAUUGUCAUUCGACAUAGCGAGGUGAUUAUUAGUUCCUAAAUUCCCUCACAAAUGCUUUGUUUUCUUUCUGUGGCUGAAAAGAAAUUUGUCAAUUUUCAUAAGCACAAGACCUUUCCCCUUGUUUUCUGCAAGAUUUCAGUGAUGGUGUACACAACGCUGUAUGGUAGAAAACUCGAAGGCUUUGAUUUAGGGGUAGUGAUGGUAAUAGCACUAUUUAAGCUUGAGAUGAUAACGUUGUCACAGUUUUUUUUUUAAAAAUCCAAUUUAUUAAGUUAUCUUUUAAUAUCGGUUAUUAACCAUUAAUGCAUUGUUCCUUUGACUUCCUUGUUGUUUCAGCAAUGGCCUUUUAUUUCACUUUCCUUGGUGCUCGAGGCAACACUGGGCCGACAUCAACAGCUGGAUACAAACGCACGCCUCUAGAAGGGACAGUAACACUCAACAAAGGAAUACAGAUCUGGACGGUUCCAUUUACCGCGCGGUAUAGUUUCACUGUGGCUGGGGCAUCAGGAGGGAAGGGAUAUCAACCAGGAGGGAAUGGUGCAAUUGUAAGUGGAAUUGUGAGACUUUUCAAGGGUACUGUCCUGCACCUCUUAGUUGGUCAGAAAGGUCUCAAAGGAUCUUCCGCUGCAGGAGGGGGUGGAGGUACAUUUGUAGUUUUCAGUAAUAAUACCCUUUUUGCAGCAGCUGGCGGUGGGGGUGGUGGAGGGGGUCAGAUAACAUCAAAGGUUGGCGAUGAUGGCCAAAAAGGAACAAAUGGAAGCGUUUACGGAGGCGUCAAUGGUCUGGGUGGGAAGGUGUGUGCUGACGAGUUAAACUAUGCAGGUGGCGGUGGUGGAUUUAGAGGAGACGGGAAAUGCGCCUUCAAUAUAACAUGCGUUUCUCCUCGAUCAUGCAAGGAGGCUGGGUUCUCUUAUUUUAAUGGUGGUGUGGGGGGCAAAGGAGAUGGAAAUGGGGGAUUCGGUGGAGGUGGAGCGGCAUAUAACGAUUUUGGAGGAGGCGGAGGUGGGUAUUCUGGAGGGGGAGUGUAUGCCACAUCGUUUGGUUCACGGUCAGGAGGGGGUGGAUCCUUUGGCAAUGGUGCACCCCUGUCAAGUAGUGGAGUAUCACAUAGUAGCGGUGAUGGAUACGUGUUAUUUAGAUACCCCUAG